GGUUUGUGUAUGACAGUAAACACAAUCUGCAGAUGCGUGGGCUGGUGGUGUUGUUGAUGUCUAAAGCAGCAGGACGGAGUGAAUCGGCGUCUGACGCUCUCCUGCCCGACAUGAUCAGCGGCAUUUACCCCAGUCAGCGCAGCCUGGCCGAGAUCACCGAGCUGAUCCACACGGCGUUCCUGGUGCAUCGUGGGAUUGUGAAUUUAAAGGAGUGGACGUUCUCAGACGGGCCGCUCAAGGACAUGCAGUUCGGGAACAAGAUGGCCGUCCUGAGCGGCGACUUCCUGUUGGCCAACGCCUGCACGGGAUUGGCUCAGCUGAACAACACCAAGGUGGUGGAGCUGAUCUCCAGUGCCAUUGGAGACUUGGUGCAGGGCGUGUACUACGAGAACUCCAACUCCGCAGAGGGAAAGCUGUCGAUGGCGUCAUGGGAGGACCAGGCGUUCCUCUCCCAUGGUGCAUUGCUGGCUAAGAGCUGCCAGGCGGCCAUGGAGUUGGCGAGGCACGACGCGGAGGCUCAGACUCUCGCUUACGAGUAUGGAAAACACCUCGCUCUCGCACACAAGCUGAAUUUGGACCUGCAGCCGUUCAUGAAGAGCGGUUCCGACCCGGUGGUCUUCUCUCUGGACUCGGCUCCUGCGGUUUUCCACCGGCUGAUCGUCGGACACGAGAUUUGGACGCGCCAGUUACAGCAGGUAUCGCACGGCGCCCCGGGAUCCCGGACUCUGAUUGGUCAGAAGGCCCAGAACUCCACACCACAGACGGAUUACUCGAAGCUGUGGUCUGGGAUUAGAUCUGGGGGCGGAGUGAAGCAGGCUGUUGACCUCUGCACCGAGCACGGAAACACAGCGCUGGAGGCCAUCCGGCGUUUCCCCCCGUCCGAGGCUCGCUCGGCUCUCGAGAACAUCGCCGGCGCCGUCACCAGGUUCUGAUGGAACCACGCCAGAUCCGGAGUCUGAGCUCCGCCCUCGUCCGGCCCGAGCGUCCGGAGUCGCGCGUUUUGAACCCUGCGUCGGUGACGGAGCCGGCCGAGAGGAACGGCGGAUCUUUGUAAGAACCAUCGGACGAUUUUAACGAGGAUUUUACAGUACACUUCUGAAGGCACAGAGGCAUCGCCAUGACAACAGCGACGACACGGACAACGCAGAUUGCGUGUUUUGUUCCGCGGGCGGA